AUGGAUCUAGAACCGCCUCGGGCAUUAGCGUUUGGGUUCCCUUCUCCGCAUGGCCUCUCUCCUGCACUUGACUCACCCGCCAUGGGAAGCUCCGUGUAUAGCCCCAAUCCCGCCGUCCUGCCUCCCCCGCCGCCCGACAUCUUGAACGAAAACUACAAGAGUGCCGUCGCCGACGGCUACGCCGACGCCGCAAGCCGCAAUGGCAAACCCCGCGCAUCGCACGCCCUGGACCCCAACGAUGCCGUCGUCAUGCACCUGCUGGUCGAGACGGCUGUCGGAGACAGCCUGGGAUACGAGGUGCUUUCGUUUGAGGAGCUGGAGACGCUGAAGAAGGAGCGGGCCACGCUGACCGCCAAGAUGGAGGCCGUGGGCCAGAAGCUGGCAUUGGAGACCAAGAUGCGCGACGCCGCCCAGUCGCUCACCCGCCUGGACCCGAGACGCGAGAGCCAGACAAGCAAUGGCGACCAAUCGGCCAAGAGCGAGGCCGAGUACAGCGCGAGCGCUCAGAAGUGCGACGAGCUGGCGCGCGAGCUGUGGGGACUGGAGCGGAGGUCACGGCAGAUUGAGAACCAGUUGCUGAGACACACGGCCGGCAUCCUGCAGAUGACGCACAAGGGCCCGACCAAGCGCACAAGGAGUAGGCAGUCUCUGGCGAACGGCGCCCCUCAGGCCCGCCCCGAUAGCCCUGCAAGCAGCCUCACCUACGAGAACUCGGGUGCCAGAAGCCCUGUUCGCUACGACGACAAGGAUACUUUCGACGACCGAAGCCUCUAUAGAUCCCCGGAAAACCUGGACAAAAUGGUGGACGCGCUCAAGCACGGAAAGGCCUUGACCGCCCGCUCGAAUCCCGUCGGCAAUGACGACUCGCCAAUGACUAAUGACACGUUACAAUCUGUGGACAAGCGACUGGAGGAUCUCAACGACCGGCUGCGCCAGCUGAUCAUCCAGGCCAAUCCCGACGCGAACAAGGAAUACGAUGCAGGCCCGAAGGGCCAGGGUGACGAUGGUGCCGCUCAAAAGGCCGCCAACAUUGAGGAGAAGCUGGAUUACUUGGACCAGGCGCUGCGCGAUAUUGAAGCUGAGCAGAGCAACAUGCUUUCCAAGGGCUCAAUGCCCUCAGGCAUGGGAGAACGUCUGGAGAACAUCAACCACCAGCUCUUCCAGCUUGUCAGCCGGGCGCCGAGAGAAAACAGCGAGGAAUUCCCCCCGCCUCCUCAAGAAGGCACCGAAAACCAGCUCCAAUACGUCGACGAUGCCAUUUACACAAUCGAGCAAUCACAGCAGGAACUUCUCUCGCAACUCGAGCAGGCUCGCAACGCCGACACGUCAGAACUCACCGCCUACUGGAAAGAGCAGGCGACAGACUACGAGAAGGUGUGCGAGAGCCUUUGGGACCUCAUCCGUACCGCCCACGAGGAUGAGCGCCAGCGGAAGCUGCAGCGCAGGAGGGUCCUCGAGCAGGAACCGGACGCCGAGGCGGAGAUGGCCGAAUUGUCGCCCGACGAAGACCCCAUGCCGGAAGAAUUCACGCUCACCCGCUUCCGGAACCACAUCGAGGACAUGUAUCGCAGAGCAUCUGGCAUGAAAGAGAAACAGUCCAUCCUCCGCCGCCAGAUCAAGCAGCAGCGCGAGCUGAACGAAAAAUCCGACGCCGAGAGGGAGGAGGAGGUCAUGCGCCUGCGCGGCGAAAUCGACAGGCUCCGCAACCAACUUCACGCCAGCUCCGGCGAUUCCGGCGCCCUGCAGGGUGCCGAAGAACGCAUCUCGGAGCUCGAGGCCGCCCUAUCCGAGGCCCGCGACGAAGCGGCCAAGGCCGCAGAGCUCACCCAAAACCUCGAGGCGUCCAAGGCCAGCGAGGCCGAGGCGGCUCGUAGCGUCGAACAGAAGGAGGAAGAGCUCGCCAAGACGGACAAGGAGCUGCGGGAGUUGGAGAGCGAAGUGGUGCGGCUGCAGACGGAGCUCACGAUGGCGAAGGCGGAACUCGACGGCGCCUACGGCUCGCGGGCCCAGCGCGCUGCCGACAUCGCGUCGAACCCGGAGAUCAAGCGCGAGCUGGAAGAGCUGGGCCGGAUCAACGCGGAGCUCACGGUGCAGGUGGCGCAGCUCACGGAACAGCACGCCGCGGCGUCGCGCUCGGCCAAGGACGUGGCGGAGCGCGAGCGGAUGCUGCGCGAGGAGCUCCGCGACACCAUCACCGAGUUCGAGGAGAUGACCAAGGCCAACGUCGAGAGCGAGAAGGAGCGCGAGGGCCUCGAGGGCGUCAUCGACACCCUCCGGGAGAAGAUCGAGGCGCUCGACGCGCAGCUUUCCGACGAGAAGAUGCGCUGGCUCGGCAUCAAGAGCCCGGCCGGCGUGCCCACGCCCGGCGCUUCUGGCGCCCCGCCCGGCGUCGUCCUGGCCGAGACCACCAGCACCAAGGUGAUGCGCGAGGAGUUCAGGAAGAUGAUGAGAGAAUCGAGAGCGGAGGCCAUCAGGGCCCUGAGGGCCGAACAAGACGAACGAAAAAGGCUAGAACAGAUCAUCAGGCAUCUGAAGAAGGAGCAGCUUCCUCCUCCCAAGUCGCCCAAGCCGGCGCUGAAUCGAAGCAUGACCGCGGCUUAA